AUGCACUCUCUUUCCCAACACCACAACAACCCUCAGUUGCAACAGUAUCUACAGAUGCAACAGGCACAACAAGCAGCCGCUUCCGCGCUAGCUACUCCAAAUCACUUAAACUUGAGUCUUCCAGGUGCCAACUCUCUUUCUAAUCAUCUUCAUGCCUCAGCAGCAACUAUACACGGACUACCGAUGGGCGGAGAUCCAUGGGCGACUGCAACUGGUGGCCCGAUGAAACGAGCUUUGCUCGAGUUGAGCAAAAAGCGAGAGCAGUAUGAAGAUUUGGCGUUAAUACUUUGGCAUUCUUUUGGAGUGAUGGCUGCGCUACUUCAAGAGAUUGUGUCUGUAUAUCCAAUGUUGUCACCGCCUAAUUUGACUGCUCAUCUUUCAAAUCGAGUUUGUAACGCCUUGGCUUUGUUGCAGUGUGUGGCUAGUCAUACUGAAACACGUGAAUUGUUUCUUAACGCCCAUAUUCCUUUGUUCCUCUACCCUUUUCUUAAUACUACGAGUAAGACCAGGCCUUUCGAAUACUUGAGGUUGACAAGUCUUGGUGUUAUCGGUGCAUUAGUGAAGAACGAUAACACUGAUGUCAUUCAAUUCUUGCUAUCAACCGAAAUUAUACCACUCUGUCUUCGUAUCAUGGAAACUGGAAGUGAACUAUCAAAAACCGUGGCAAUCUUUAUCGUUCAAAAGAUCCUAUUGGAUGAAACAGGCUUAGCGUAUAUUUGUCAGACCUACGAACGAUUUUAUGCUGUGGGCACAGUGCUAAGCAAUAUGGUUAAUCAAUUGGUUGAGACUCAGGCUGUUCGUCUGUUGAAACACGUCGUUCGUUGUUAUGUGAGGUUAUCGGAAAAUCCAAGAGCCAGAGAAGCGUUACGUCAAUGUUUACCGGAACCUCUUCGCGAUGCUACCUUUUCUUUGGUGUUAAAAGAUGAUGUAAACACUAAGCGUUAUUUGGCGCAACUUUUGGUCAACUUGUCAGAUAAUGUGGUGACCACCAACUGA